CGUUGCUUUUCCCAUCGCUUUUUUCGGUGAUGAGCUCCAAAAAGACUCCGAUGAGUCCGAUUGGUCUUUCGGACCAACCGUUAACCGGUGCGCGUCGCGUGCGAGGUAAAGCGGCGACCAACAAUUGGCCGAGGUGAUUUUUUUUUUCCUGAAGGGGCGUAUUUUUUAAGCCAUCUUGACUGAAUAUUUAGCCUCAUCCUAGGUACUUUAAAUUGAUAUCUUUGGGAUUUCGCCGUCCCAGAGUUUCCCACCGCCGUCGUUCCAAAGGCUGAAGUCGCGCCAAUGAAACCGGGCGGAGUUCGUGUGCCGAAGCGGAGCGGCGGCGGAGAAGCGGACCGCUGAAGAUGACGCUGCUAACGGCUAGCAUGUCCGCCUCGGUCGGAGUCUGUCACUAGCUGACAUUUAGCCAGGUGCAGUUUUCCCCCCCUGCUUGGCACCGCAGAGGACGGUUCAUCAAGAAAGCAGGAGUAAAGUCUCAUGCGGAGACUGAAUAGGUGGGAAUGUGAGACGACUGCUAGAGGACUCAAAAUGGGAAGGGGUCGAGGCAGGGGGAGAGGAAGAGGUAGACAGGUGGGUCAACCGAGGCCUCCCUCGCCUUACCGACUGCAGCUCUCCCCGUCCCGGGAGACUCUGACGUACGCUCAGGCCCAGAAAAUUGUGGAAGUGGAUCUCGAUGGAAGACUCCAUCGGAUUAACAUCACAGAUCCUCUCCCGGUCAUCACAGAGGAUGAGAUGAUGGCUCAGGACAUUGCAGAGUGUAACAGCAACAAGGAGAACAGCGAGCAAAUGCAAGGUAAAAACAGAUCAUGGAGGAAACCUAACAACAAGAGCCGAAGGAGUGGUAAAAAUACAUCUCAGCAGAACCAGCGGUCUGGCUCACAGCAGCAAACAGGAUCUUCUUGUUCCUUCCAGCACCCGUCCCACCAAAGCCCCCUGCCGGAGCCCACCUUCCGCGAGCUGAGCUCCGUUUCCCCCUGUGAAGCGCCUCCUCUCCCGGCAGCCUAUUACCGCUACAUAGAGAAGUCCGGGGAGGAGCAGGACAAUGUGGCUGAGUACGACAUGGACGAGGAGGACCUGGCUUGGCUGGAGAUGGUGAACCAAAAGAGGGUGUGUGACGGCCAUGCGUCUGUGUCUCCAGACACGUUUGAGCUUCUGAUCGACCGCCUGGAGAGGGAGUCCGUCCUGGAGUCACGCAGCCAGGCUUUAUCUCAGAACGCAGUCGAUGAGGACGCCUUCUGCUGCGUCUGCCUGGACGAUGAGUGUCUGAACAGUAACGUCAUCCUGUUCUGUGACAUCUGCAACCUGGCCGUCCACCAGGAGUGCUACGGUGUGCCCUACGUACCUGAAGGCCAGUGGCUGUGCCGCUGCUGCCUGCAGUCCCCCUCCCGCCCUGUAGACUGUGUACUCUGCCCCAACCGAGGAGGUGCCUUCAAACAGACGAGCGACGGACGGUGGGCCCACGUCGUCUGUGCCAUAUGGAUCCCCGAGGUAUGCUUUGCCAACACGGUGUUCUUGGAGCCCGUUGAGGGGGUGAAGAACAUCCCCACAGCUCGCUGGAAGCUCACGUGUUACCUCUGUAAGCAGAAAGGCAGGGGAGCUUCUAUCCAGUGCCACAAAGCGAACUGUUACAGAGCUUUUCAUGUGACCUGCGCCCAGAAGGCAGGACUGUUCAUGAAAAUAGACCCGGUCCGAGAGACCGGCGUCAACGGCACCACCUUCUCUGUGAAGAAGACAGCUUUCUGCGAGAAUCACUCCCCUGUCGGGUCUCGGCGGGAUGCGUCCGGGGAUGAGUCUGUGGAAGGACGACUGGUGGGAGGGCGGGGCAGUCGGGGCCAGAGGUCAUAUACUCAGAGCCCUCCGUCACCAACCAACAAGAAGCCAACCAAAGGCCAGAAGAAGAAGAACACUAAAGGGUCUGGGUCGACACGGCGUUCGAAUGUUCCUGUGCUGCUUGUGCCUCAGAUCCCCUCUCACAGGCUAAACAAGAUCUGCACAGGAGUUGAAGUACAGAGAAAAAAUCAGUUCAUGCAGAGACUUCAUAAUUAUUGGCUGCUGAAAAGACAGUCUCGAAAUGGCAUGCCUUUAAUACGCCGACUUCAUUCCCAUCUACAGACUCACAAGGCCGCAGAGCAGAAGGAACCCGAUGAGAAGCUAAGUGCUGCGAGAGAGGAGUUACGAUACUGGCAGAAGUUAAGGCAAGACCUGGAAAGAGCUCGACUUCUAGUGGAACUCAUCCGUAAGAGAGAGAGGCUUAAAAGAGAACAGAUGAAAAUCCAGCAGGCUGCCCUUGAACUGUCACUGACUCCUGCACAGGUGCUUCUCAAAUCCACUUUGGACCAACUACAGGAGAAGGACUCGGCCAAAAUCUUCUCUCAGCCAGUCAAUCUGUCAGAGGUCCCAGAUUACCUCGAGUUUAUAUCCGAACCCAUGGACUUCUCAACGAUGCGAAGCAAACUGGAGGGACACGCCUACUGCUCCAUUGGGGACCUGGAGAAAGACUUUGAGCUGAUGAUUUCCAAUUGCCUCAAAUACAACUCCAAGGACACUUUGUUCCACAAGACAGCCUUACAGCUGAGGGAAGUGGGGGGAGCCGUUCUGCGUCACGCUCAGAGGCAGUAUCAGAGCAUCGGCCUUGACCCCAGCACUGGCAUGCAUCUGCCUGAGGCACCGAACAAACACGGCUUCUAUCAGUGCACAUGGGAGGACGUCGACUCUGUGCUGGACCCUGGAAACAGGCUGCACUUGACCACAGAGGAGCAGCUGAAGGCCUUACUGGAGAAACUGGACAUGGUGACGUCGAUGCGAACGAGCGGCGGCCGCACCAAACGCAUCCGGCUGCUGCGCCGGGAGAUUAACUCUCUGAGGCAGAAGAUGAGCCAGCAGCAAAACGUUCAGCCUGUCAACGGAAAUAACAAGGACAACGACGAUGAUGAAGAGGAGGAGGAGGAGGAGAAGAAGAAGAAGAGGAAGAAGGAACAGAAGGAAAAAAUAAAGAUAAAAGACAAGGUGGACGUUGAUACUGAGCCUUUGUCUGACGUGCCAAACUCUGGGUCAGAUGACUCGCCGCCCGUUCUUGAACUCACCUGUCCAGUGUCGUCACCUCUACCAGGAGAUGCUCCCCUGGAACCACCUGUCCUGGGCAUUGUAACCGGAGGUCAGAGGUCACCUGGGCGCUCCUACAAGCGUCAGAGGUCCUCGCGCAGCGGCAGCAAAAGCCAAGGUGAGGAUGAGGCCGAAGUUGGAGAAACGCCAUCUUCCCAAUCAGAGGCUGUUCACGAGGUGACGCCGCUCGGCUCGCCUCCGGCUCUGCCGCUGGUUGGAGUCGGCCGGCGCACGUCCGUGUUGUUUAAGAAAGCUAAAAACGGGGCAAGAAAAAACAAGUUGUCCCAGUGGCAAAAUGGGAAAACAUCUGAAGAGAAGACCAACGGGCUGGACAGCGCUGCCGUCGAUUCAAAUCCCCCCAGUGAGAACAUCACCGCCUUACCUCCUACCCCCAACGCCUCUCCCGCUCCUUCCUCUCCCUCCUCACACCACCUGAGGUCCAGAGGCCCCAGCACCGAGAGCGAACAUGACAAACCGACUGCAACCCCCAGAGAAGAAGCACUCACGAAUGGAAAGCACAUGUCUAGAAACCAAGAUGGAGGUGCCGAUGAUGAUGAUGAUGAGGAGGAGGAGGAGGAGGAGGAGGAUGAUGACCCAAACCUAACUGCUUCCCCUCCCAAACGCAGUCGAGGUAAGCCAGCUCUGGCCAAGGUUCCCAGCAAGGAAAAUGGAGACAUCUCCAGCUCUGGGAAGUCUGCGCUUCUGUCUAUAGAUAGUGAGACCGAACUUUCACCACUGGACUUGGUUUGGGCGAAAUGUCGAGGAUACCCGUCGUAUCCAGCAAUGAUCGUUGACCCCGACAUGCCUCAGGAAGGACUGCUCCAUAACGGCAUCCCCAUCCCAGUGCCUCCUGGAGAGGUGCUCAAACUGGGGGAAUGGAGGCACACUGACGAAGGCCACAAGCUCUUCCUGGUGCUCUUCUUCGACACAAAGAGAACUUGGCAGUGGCUCCCUCGAAACAAGCUGCUGCCGCUGGGGAUGGAUGACACUGUAGACAAGCUGCGCCUGAUGGAGGGCAAGAAGCCCAGCGUUCGCAAGUCGGUCCACACAGCGUACGACCGCGCCAUGGUGCAUUUAAACCACGUGAGACGAAAUCUCAACUUCACUCCCUCCAAUUUUAUAUAAAGUUUAUUUUAAAAGGGUUUUAUCAUCUUAAAUGAGCUGUUUGUGGGAAUACACAGCAGCUCCUUUAAAGUUCUUAAAACCGCUAAAGCUGAUGGUGUUUGGAGGUUUGCUAUGCUUGGAUUUGGUAGAGGUUCCAUAAAUGUUUUUCAUAAAUCAAUUUGUUAAUUAUUUUCUAUGUACAUUUUUAAAAAUGGAGUUUUCCACAACCACUGUUGCUGUGUGUUGAUAUGAAGUUUGUGCAUCAGGCCAAAGUGGGUGGAGACCAGACAGAGAGAUGCGUGUCAAAGGGAUUGCUUAUGGUUCCAAACAUAUUUAGAUUGUAUUUGCUCUUGAAAUGUCACUGUGUAUAAUGAAGUGUGAAAGUUUCACCUUAGCAUGCGUUCCACACCUGGACUUGGAGUUUUACACGCAGCUGAAACCAGAUGUUUACAUACACUGGACUCACUGAUCAUCCAAGAAGACUUCAUCUUAUUGGACGAUCAGUUUGUGCCACAGCUUUAAAUUUCUUCCAGAUGUCUUAAGAGGUUGCUUCAAUAUUUCUAAAUAAUAUCCCUCCACCAUUCUACUUCACUGUUAGAAUGGUGUUAUCAGAUUUGUAAUCUGCCCCUUCUUAGCCGCCUUCAGACUGCAGGACGUUGAUCUUUAAUCUAAACUGUGGUUUAGCUUUUUUCACGUUGCUCUUCAAGUAAUGGCUUCUUCCUCUCUGCGUGGCUUUUCAGGGAUAGUUUCACUGUGGAUAGCGACACUUUUAUCAGCUUCAUUCGAGUUCUUCAGCAGAGGAAACAGGAGAAGGUCAGUCAGACAGACAGUGAGGAGUAUGUAAAUAUCUGGUUUCUGUGGAGGCCACCAAACAUUUUCUUUAAAUCGUUUUAAUUUUCUAAAUAUAAAGUCAUCACAUUGUUAUCAUUUUCUUUAAACUCAAUCUCUUUUAUUCUAAGGUUUAUUUUUAUUAGCCUGUAAAAUUCUUCAAUUCUAGCUGAAAUAAUUUUUGUUCCAGCUGACAGUGCCAACAUUUUUGCAACUUUUAGGUCCAGUUAUGAGACGCUUUUGGUGAAACUUUGUUCGUGUUUGAUUAUUUUCCAUAUUGUGAAACUGUAAUAUGAUAGUAGACUGAGAGCGGUCGGCGCAGAUACCACUACAGCGGUGAUUCAGAAAAGCCAUUACCCACCGGUGAAGAACUUUGCUAGUAAAUCUGGCUGGAAAGACUUGAAAAGCACAAAUGGUCUAGUUUUAAUAAAAUCUAUACGAUUGGUGUUUCCUGGAGCCAAAUAUGUGGCAAAACCUACUGCAUCUGUUCAUGUACAGCUGAUACAUCUAUGUAUACAAUCUCAGUGUGGUAAAAGUGCAUGUGUAUAGUUUUGUAAAUAUGUAAAUGUAUGUUUAUAUUCGCUUACAUGAAGUAAUUUAAGGAAUGCAAAAAUCAAAUAUAGAAUUUAAUUUAUAAUUUGUUGCCGUAGAGGGAGUUAUUUAAAAAAAAAAACUGAAUUAUUGAAAAGAUUUAUGUAUGACGCUGAGUAGCUCUUUAUAGUAGUGACGGUGUUUUACCAACAUGUCAGCAGAAAGCGCGGUGACGCACGACUGUAGACAGCAGACUACAGAUUGUUUUCAUUUUUCUCGGUGGCACAGAUUUUUUUGAUCUUGUCAUUUAAAGUCUACCGCAAGAUCUAUUGUCUGCCUGAGACAAUAUUUUCUCACAGGAAUAAACGCUGUUUGAAACAAC